GUCGACACUCGACUGUGGCUCAUUAGGGACACCGAGUCCCAGCAAAGAAAAGCAAAGCAAAGCAGGCCCUCUAUAAAAACUGAAGCAGUGCAGGGAAGCAGUAGAGCUGAUAAGAUUAAAUGUUGUUUUUUUCGUAUUUCAAGGAUUUGGUAGGGAAAGAAGUGACGGUGGAGCUGAAGAAUGAUUUGGCUAUAAGAGGGACUCUUCACUCUGUGGAUCAGUACCUCAACAUCAAGCUCGAAAACACUCGCGUUGUCGAUCAAGACAAGUAUCCUCACAUGCUUUCUGUCAGGAACUGUUUCAUAAGGGGAUCAGUAGUGAGAUAUGUUCAACUUCCUCCAGAGGGUGUGGAUGUUGAUCUGCUUCACGAUGCCACGAGAAGGGAAGCUCGGGGUGGCUGACACUCAUUUGAUUAGACUUCUCCAAGUACUUGCCUGGACAUCUGAUGUAAUUGCUUUAGUUUGAACAAGCUUUCUUCUCAUUCUGAACCUGGAUGUUUGUACUGGUGACAAGUUCAUGAACAUAUAAGUUAGACUUCCUAGCAAUCCAGAGAAAAUGCUAUUGGGUUUAGUAAUGACAAUUUGAUUGCUUAAAGAAGAUAA